AUGGCGGACUAUUACUCGCAGUACCCGGAACAUUUAAAUUUAGAAGAAGUUAUUAAGAGGUGUCACAAAGUGAAUGCCAACUACUUAGCCAAUACAGCAAAUCGCAUAAAAGGAAAAUCUCCAGUUCGACAAAGUCCUCCACCAACUAAUGGAACUCUAAGUAGUCCUCGUUCUGAAGACAACAAUGGAUCUAGUAAAGAGAACAGUCAAAGUAACGACAGCGGAAACGAAAAUGAAUUAGUUUCUAUGUUUCAAAAAGACAAGCUUAACAAACGCUUUGAUGUAAACAGCGCAAACAUUCGCAAGUGGGUAAACGCCAAAGAUGUGGAGAAACUAACAAAAGCUGUUAUGGAUGGGUACGGAGAUAAAGUUGUUCGUCUUCAUAAAAUUGAAGAUGACGAGGAGAAAAGUCCAGACCAAUUUUCUGAGUUGGUGGAGAGAAUUAAUGCUAUUCAUGCUGCCGUUUCCAAUGAUAACUUAGAUGAGUUAGAAAACCAACUUGAAGAAAAAGAUUUCGCUUUAGCAAAGGACCACAUGGGAAUGACACCUCUACACAAAGCUGUUCUUUUGAGGAAGACUAAGAUAGUAGGCUUCCUGAUAGAAAAAUUUCCUGAGACUAUAAACGCUAAGAAUAAGAAUGGAUUAACAGCUUUGCACUAUGCUGCUGCUAUGUCUCGAAAAGACGGACAACAGAUAUAUAAGAUGCUUGCUCAAGCUGGAGCAGAUUCAAAAAUAAGAGAUAAUGUUAGUCAAGAAAUAAUUUUGGAAAGAAUGACUGCAGCUUUGCAAAAGGGAGAUGUGGAUCUUCUACACGAGUUGGUUCUUGAAGGUCACGGUAAACAUUUGCUGGGAAAGAGCUCAUGGAAUGAAGAGGCCAAAGUCUUUCUAAAAGAGCUUCCUACGUACUUAAAUAACAUUAAAUCUUUUCAAGAAUCAAUCCGAAUAGGUGACGUCAAUAAAGUGAAAGAACUGGUCUCAACCAAUGAAAAAUUGAUGAGAGCAAGAGAUGAAACAGGAGCUUUACCCUUCCAUAUUGCUGCAGCGGCGGGAGCAACGCAAGUUUUACACUUUCUCGGCAAGAAUUUUCCAAACAUGCUAAAUGUAAAAGAUGCUAAGGGUAGGACAGCAGAUUCUUAUCUUCAAGGAGGAAAAUCAGGGCACUAUAAAGCACCUCUAAACUCUAGUUCGGAUAGUAUGUUUUCCAGUUCAGGAAAAGAUGCAUUGGAACAAACUAACGAAGAUAUUUCAAAAGAAGAUCCAAUUGAUGAAGAAAAUGCUUCCGAAAAAGCAAUUAAUGAAAAUGAACCAUCUGAAAACGUUAACAACGAUGAAGACAAGGAUUUAAUUAAUCCAGACGAUCAAGAUGCAACCGAAUGUAACGAAGAAAAUCAUUUAGUCAAUAAUGAAGAAGAUACUGAGGCAGAAGAUGCAAACAGAAAGUUAUCGACUGACGCUAUGGAAGAUGUGUCGACUGAAGAACCCGUGGAAGACAAGGAAGAAAGUGAAGAUUGCAUUAUUUCUACUGAUCCUGAACUUCAAGAUAACGAAGAAGAGGACGAAGUCCCGGAACCUGGUACGGAUGAGGUUGAUGAGCUUGUCGAAACUUUGGAAAAUGAAGCACCAAAUGGCGACUCAGAAAACGAAGCACAAGAAGAAAUAAAUGCAGAAGAUCCAGAGGUUACUGCAAAUGAAAAUGAGGAAAACAAAGACAACGAAGUUAACGCUGAAGAAGUCGGUGAAGGAGGUGUCGAAGGAGAGGAAGCAGAAGAAUCAAGUGGCAAAACAGACGAGGAAGAAACCGAGCCUGAAACUGUUGUAGAGGUAGGAGAAAAUGAGAAUAGUGAAGAGGCAUCGGAAGAAAAGGAAGAAGAGGUAAUAGAACCACCUGGGGAUGCAGAAACAGAAGAUAAGACUGACGAAGAUAAUGAGGCAGAUCCUGAAUGCAAUGAACCUGAUGGUUUAGAAGGAACUACAGAGGAAAAUGAAAACGCUGAAGAAAAUGAAGUAGUUGCUCCAGAAGAAAAUGAUGAUGCAGAUGAACCAGAACAUUCAGAAGCACAAGAAGCAGAAACGACUAACUUGUUGAAAAGACAUAGUGUAUCGGAAGUUACAGUAGCGGAAGUUGGAAGUGGUAAUGUAUCCAAUAUUGAAAAUGUUGAUGCAAGCGAAGAACCAGAUACUGCUGAGACAGAGGAGCCUGCUGAAACAGAAGAGGAUAAAGAAGCAGGUGAAAAUGAAGUUGAAGCAGAUGCAAAAAUCGCUGAACCAGAAGAAUGCGAAGAAACUUCUCCUAGUGUACCAGAUGAUAAUAAUGAUAAUCCUGACGAGUGUAGUAAUGAGAAUAUUCCCGAUGAAGAGAAAGAUGUGUCUGCUGUAACGGAAAACGAGGAAGAAAAUAAUGCUGAUGAGGUGAAAGAAACUGAUGAAACGGUUAAGGAUAAAGAUAACGAAAAUGAAGACACAGCAACUGAAGAGCUUGAAGAAGAGAAAACGACAGAAAAUGCGGAAGAAAAUACGGAAGAAACUGAAGAAGAAAAAGCGGAAGAGACAGAGAAAGAAAAAACGGAAGAGGCUGAAGAAGAAAAAACGGAAGACACUGAAGAAGAAAAGAAAGAACCAGAGGAAGCAAAAACGGAAGAAACUGAAGAAAAACCAGUUGAUGAUGAAGAGGAAUUAGUUAAAAACGAAGUGGAAGAAAAUGAAGAUGAAGUUACAGAAGAAAAUGAUGGAAAAGAAGAAGAUACAAAAGAAGAUGAAGAGGAAAAUAUCGAGGGUCAAGAGGAAAAAGAUGAACAAGCAGAAAAAGCAGACGACGAAAAAACAAAUGAGGAAGAUAAGAAUGAAGAAACCGGGCCCCAGGAAAGUGAAGUUAAUGCUGAACCUGUGACCGAAAUUGAUGAUAUUGCAAACGAUGGAGAUGAAAAUAAAGACGAAAGCUCUAAAGAUACGCCACACCAAACAAAAGAUCAUCUCGAUGAACUCAUAGAACACUGGAUAAAAGAUGGAGAUCUUUUGAGGUUAGAGCAUGUGGUCUUGGCUGGCCAAGGCGACAGACUCAUUGAAAGAACUUCCGAUGACAAGCAAGUUCAAGAUUUUUUAGACCUUGUGCCCAUAUACAUGGCUAAAAUUCGAGCAGUCCAUGAAGCUGUUGCAAAGGGACAUUUACGAGAAGUACGUUCUGUACUAACGAGGAAAAGAUUUGCAUUGAGCAGAGAUCACGUUGGGGCAAGUCCGUUGCAUUUAGCAGUUUUAUACGGACAUACCGACGUAUCCACAUACAUCAUUUCUCAUUUUCCAGAGACAAUGGAUGGACCAGAUAAUGUAAGUGAAAGUGCAGUGGAUUCUCCACUAUUUGGUAAAUUAUAA